UCUAGAACUCUCACCAUUUUUAAAAUUCAGCGAAAUUCGGGGAGAAAUAUAGGGUUUUUUUUUUUUUUUUUAUAAAUUAUUAUCUAGGUUUGGUUUUUGGAGAAAUUUUGGUUUUUCUUUUCUAAUGUUGGUUUGGAUUUCUGGAGAAAAUAGGGUUUCUCGGGGGAUUUUGGGUUAGAUUUUUGGUGAAAUUUAGGAUUUUCUGGUUAUAGGAAUAGAUUUAUUGAGAAAGUAGGGUUUUGUGGAUCUACGGUUAGGAUUUUCUGGAGAAAUUACUGUUUCGUUUGAUCUAGGGUUUGAUUUUAGGAGAAAUUAGGUUGGGGCUCACGUUUUUGAAGAAAAUUGGCUUUUUCUGGGUUCAGGAUUAGGGUUUCUGAUCGAAUUUAGGGUUCUGUUGGUGGCCUAGGGUUUGUAAAUCAUGGGUUUGAUUUUUCUGGAAUCGCUUCCUGGUCCGAAGAUCUUCAAAUGCAAGUGCUGCAAGGCACACUCUGCAUCGCAUGAUGCGAUCAUUUCUAAGGAUUUCCAGGGACGUUAUGGAAGGGCGUAUCUUUUCAGCAAUGUGGUGAACAUUUUUUUUGGACCAAGUGAAGAUCGACAACUCUUAAGUGGAUUACAUACAGUGAAUGACAUAUACUGUUGCUGCUGCCAACAGAUACUGGGUUGGAGAUAUGAGAAGGCUUAUGAACCGGGCGAGAAAUAUAAAGAAGGGAAGUUCAUCCUUGAGAAAGCUAGGGUGUUGAAGGAGGGAUGGUGAUGUCGCACCACAUAUAGGGCAAGGGGAAAAAAGAAGAAAGAAAAGAAACCUUUUGGAGUUAAUCAAUUGGGGUUUUUAUGCUAGCCUCCUCGUAAAAUGUUGAAAUUACUCGAACCCUGGUACAAAAGUGAAAUCAGCAUUUUCUCCUUCCCCUAAAAUGAAAACUACCUAGACCCCCCUGAGCGAGUAAGCAUUGUUAGAUGGACGUCUAGGAGAAAAGCCUGGAGGCGUUUAAUUGGUGAAUUGCGGUACAAAGGCGACACCUGUGUGAAAUCCAAGUCAUCUGCUGAUUGUGGUUCACUGCAAAGGUGCUGUGUCCCAAAGCUAGACUGGUCCACUAAUCAUGGAUCCCAUGUUUAUGUUGGAAAAAGGCAACUAGUGUUUUCUGAUGGCCUAUUUUCCUAAUGCAAGUAUGGCCCACUUAAUGAAAGUGGUUUCCCUGAUGUGUCAUGCCCCCAAUCAUUCGCAACCUAAUGACAGGCCCAGAUUUCGUACAUGCGUGCAUGUGAAAGAGAAAUGGCCACAUGUACAUUGAACAUGCCCUGGCCUAUAAACCAUCGCAGUCAACUUUCUUUAGGUAGGCCACACUUGCAUGGGGAAACUGGAUAGAAUGUGAAUCACAAAUGGCCUGUAUUUACCAUACAAGUGGGGUCCACCUUAUUAGUGGAUCAUUCCAGAUUUUAAGACAAGAAACAAUUGCAUAGGGCCCCAGCUGAUUGAUACAUUGGCCUGUGGUACACACGUGUGCCACAAAUCUACUUUCUAAAAAAUGCCCCGAAUGGAGAGGAAUGAUUAAUUUUAUUUUUGAGAGGGAGUUUUGAGCAAUUUUAUCCUUUUACAAGUAGGUGUGUAAAAACCCCUUAUCAAUUCUAUAGACAACUGAUUGCAUUUAAGUGUUGCAUGUUAACCUUCACAUUGCAAUGUUUUCUUUUGUGCCAACAUGUCACUUGUGUAGAACAUCUUAGCCAUUCCAAAGGUGGUCCACACUAUAACCUGUGGCAGACAUUGGUCCAUUCCACUC